UGCGCAUAGACAUGGCGUCUAGUAACCCACCUGCUGCUAAGAUGGCACCACCUUUCGAACCUACAAUAUGGGGUGACUUCUUUAUCAACUAUACUCCGGAACCACUGCAGUCGGAGGAACGGUUGAGAGAGAGGGUCGAUCAAUUAAAGAAGGUAACCAGUGAACUGUUUGAGUUUUGCAGCGAUAGUGUGGUUGGAACAAUGAAGCUAGUAGAUACACUUGAACAUCUGAGCAUAGACCAUCACUUUGAGGGACAUAUCGCCACUGCAUUAAGCAACAUACACGGUGCUGAACUCGAUAGCUCUAGCCUCCACGAUGUUGCUCUUCGAUUUCGCCUGCUUAGGCAGCAUGGACUGUGGGUUUCUCCAGAUGAAUUUGACAAGUUCAAAGAGGCAGAUGGGACCUUCAACGAUGAGAUAAUGAGUGACCCUCGGGGUUUGCUGAGCUUGUAUAAUGCAUCUUACCUUCUCAUUCCUGGAGAGGUCGAGCUAGAAAGCGCUAUGUUGUUUUCAAGGCAUCGCCUUCAGACAAUGGUAAAUGGCCUUGCGUCCCCAUUAGCUGAACAAGUCAGGCGGUUCCUUCAGAUACCACUGCCAAGGACAUUGAAGAGAUAUGAGGCACUGCAAUAUAUUGCAGAGUACAAAAUGGAGCAGGAAUGCAAUCCCUCCAUAUUAGAGCUUGCAAAGUGGGAUUAUAACCUUUUGCAGCUGGCUCACCAGACAGAGCUCAAGGCAUUUUCUCGGUAUGCUGCCUUUGACAUACUAACUCAGAGUGAUUUUUUGGGUAUUCAACAAUUUUCUCACGAUGCUAUUAGAUCAAUUAGUCAUCUCAUUUGGAACAAAUAAAAUUCUUGUCUUCAUAUGUUUUGGUGGACUAUAGAUAUAUAAGCUCAGGCCCCAUGUUGAGUUAUGCGGGUAUACAAACAGGAACAUUUCUAACGCAUUGAAUCCACAAGACAUGCUAACUAAUUCCCAUACUUUUACAUUUGAUU